AAUCAGAGCCUGGUUGGGCGGGGCCUGGCUGAGGGCACACGAGGCGCUCCCGCUGCCGGAAGCGGCAGUAAAACGGUAGCCGGCGCGGCGCAGCAUGGCGGGGGUGUGUGGUAAGCCCCACAUGUCACCGGGAUCGCUGCCCGGGAAACGACGUUUGGAACCUGAUCAGGAGCUGCUGAUACAAGAGCCCCCUCUCCUCAGCGACCCUGACUCCAGUCUCUCUGACAGCGAGGAGAGUGUGUUUUCAGGCCUUGAGGAUUCUGGCAGUGACACGAGUGAGGAUGACACUGAAGGAGUGGCCAGAGCCAGUGGUGACGAAGACAGCCAUAGAGCAGAGGAGACCUCUGAGGAGCCACAGGCUGCCUCUCCUUGCCCAAGGACAGAGGAAGCAGGUGCUCUGACCAGAGACGAGUAUGAGGAGGACAGCUCUGAUGAGGAGGACAUUCGGAACACUGUGGGCAAUGUGCCCCUGGCAUGGUACGAUGAAUUCCCACAUGUGGGUUAUGACCUGGAUGGCAAACGUAUCUACAAGCCCCUGCGGACACGAGAUGAGCUGGACCAGUUUCUGGACAAAAUGGAUGACCCAGAUUUCUGGCGCACUGUGCAAGACAAGAUGACAGGGCGUGAUCUGCGGCUGACUGAUGAGCAGGUUGCCCUGGUACAUCGGCUUCAGAGAGGCCAAUUUGGAGAUUCGGGCUUCAACCCUUAUGAGCCAGCUGUGGACUUCUUCAGCGGUGACAUCAUGAUCCACCCUGUGACCAACCGCCCAGCUGACAAGCGUAGUUUCAUCCCGUCCCUAAUUGAGAAGGAGAAGGUGUCUCGAAUGGUGCACGCCAUCAAGAUGGGUUGGAUCAAGCCUCGACGGCCCCAAGACUCCACCCCUAGCUUCUAUGACCUGUGGGCCCAGGAGGAUCCGAAUGCUGUGUUGGGGCGCCACAAGAUGCAUGUGCCUGCACCCAAGCUGGCCUUGCCUGGCCAUGCCGAGUCUUACAACCCACCUCCCGAGUACCUGCCCACUGAGGAGGAGCGCUUGGCAUGGCUACAGCAGGAGCCCAUUGAGAGGAAGCUUAACUUCUUGCCACAGAAAUUCCCCAGCCUGAGGACAGUGCCUGCUUAUAGCCGCUUCAUCCAGGAGCGUUUUGAGCGCUGCCUUGAUUUGUAUCUGUGCCCACGGCAACGCAAGAUGAGGGUGAAUGUGGAUCCUGAAGACCUCAUCCCCAAGCUCCCUCGGCCAAGAGACCUUCAGCCUUUCCCUGUGUGCCAGGCCCUUGUCUACAGGGGCCACAGCGACCUUGUUCGUUGCCUCAGUGUCUCCCCAGGGGGCCAGUGGCUAGCUUCAGGUUCAGACGAUGGCACACUGAGGCUCUGGGAAGUGGCCACUGCCCGCUGUAUGAAGACUGUGCCUGUUGGCGGUGUGGUACGGAGCAUUGCCUGGAACCCCAAUCCUGCCAUAUGCCUGGUAGCUGCAGCCAUGGAUGAUGCAGUGUUGCUGCUGAACCCAGCCCUGGGGGACCGGUUGUUGGUGGGCAGCACAGACCAGCUGCUGGAAGCCUUCACUCCACCUGAGGAGCCAGCUUUGCAGCCUGCCCGAUGGCUAGAGGUCUCAGAGGAGGAACGCCAGAGGGGCCUGCGCCUACGAGUCUGCCACAGCAAACCAGUGACACGGGUGACCUGGCAUGGGCGAGGGGACUACCUGGCUGUGGUGCUGUCCAGCCAAGGGCACACGCAAGUGCUGAUCCACCAGCUGAGCAGGAGGCGCAGCCAGAGCCCAUUCCGCCGCAGCCACGGACAGGUGCAGUGUGUGGCUUUCCAUCCCACCCGGCCCUUCCUGCUCGUGGCCUCCCAGCGCAGCAUCCGCAUUUACCACCUGCUACGCCAGGAGCUUACCAAGAAGCUAAUGCCCAAUUGCAAGUGGGUGUCUAGCAUGGCUGUACAUCCAGCAGGUGACAACAUCAUCUGUGGCAGCUAUGACAGCAAACUGGUAUGGUUUGACCUGGAUCUCUCCACCAAGCCAUACAAAGUGCUGAGGCAUCACAAGAAGGCCUUGAGGGCUGUGGCCUUCCACCCCCGAUACCCGCUCUUCGCAUCUGGCUCAGAUGACGGCAGUGUUAUCGUUUGCCAUGGCAUGGUGUACAAUGACCUGCUGCAGAACCCAUUGCUGGUGCCCGUCAAGGUGCUUAAAGGACACACCCUGACCCGAGAUCUGGGUGUUCUGGAUGUGGCCUUCCACCCCACACAGCCGUGGAUCUUCUCCUCUGGGGCAGAUGGCACCAUUCGACUCUUCAGCUAAGCUGACAUACUACUAUGAAUGGCCUGGAAGAGGGGGGGUGUUCCUGCACACAGAAUCAUCAAUAGAGCUGGGAGGUGGUGGCACACGCCUUUAAUCCCAGUACUUGGGAGGCAGAGACAGGCGGAUUUCUGAGUUCGAGGCCAGCCUGGAAUACAGAGUGAGUUCCAGGACAGCUAGGGCUACACAGAGAAAUCCUGUCUCGAAAAGCAAAAAAAAAAAAAAAAUCAUUAAUAGAAUCCCAUUGUUUCUGCCUUCUUGAUUGGAACCUCUGGCUGCUGCCCAGCCUUGACCUUAUAGCCUCAACAUUACAGCCUCCACCUUACAUGGCACCCCAGAACCUAUAGCUUAAGCCAGAAGGAAAGGUAGUAUUGAUACACUGUCACCCACUGAAGUGUAACUGGCUUUAUUGGGCAAUAAAUUGGGGCACCA